CCCUUGUAAACCUGAUUUCCAGUAGAUCAAUUCAGGAUUGGCUAUUUGAGUACCAAUAGUUUGGCUCCCUUCUAUUUUUAUCCAAUUUCAACUCCACCCACUUGAUGUGAACGCCCAUGUGUUUCACGCCUACCAGUAAAGAAUCAGUGAUGCAUUGGUCACGAACAGUUGAUUCUGCUUCCCACUAACCCAUCUAACCCUAACUUUCAGUCGAUCGAAGCACUUAUACGAAAAAGCAUCUUGUCCCGGAGAAUUCAUUUGAAAAUAUACAAUUUACAAUCAGUGCGAAAAUAAUUUAUUUUUGUGUCAUCAAUGAAAUGAAUCAUCAUUGUUUGGUAUACCAAAGUGUUAAGAAGAUCUCGCACUGCUAUCAGUGUGGUCAGUAAAUGAAUGCAAUGUUUCACGAAAAGGAUUGUGAGCACGAUUUAGUGAUGAUGUUGAAUAAUUGAUGGAAAUUGAUAUUUAACUUACCAUGAAAAACGAAUCAGAUACAGCAUCAGCUAUUCAGCAUCAGAUUGCGGCAUCAACGGGGAUUCAUCACCAUUUGCACUCGGUGACAAGUAGAAGCAACAUAAGUUCAAUGAUGUCGCCCUUGAGUCAGUCGCAAGCGAUGGACUCACUGCUGUCGAGCUCGAAUAGUGACUCUCCCAGGAAGGCUGGUACCAGGCGGCAGGAGAAGCCACCGUACUCGUACAUUGCUCUGAUAGUGAUGGCCAUUCAAUCCAGUCCGGGGAAGAGGCUUACCCUCUCGGAGAUCUACACUUUCCUGCAGCAGCGAUUCGCCUUCUUCCGAGGAGCCUACCAGGGCUGGAAGAACUCGGUGAGGCACAACCUGAGCCUGAAUGAAUGCUUCAUCAAGCUACCGAAGGGUCUCGGAAGACCCGGCAAAGGUCACUACUGGACCAUAGAUCCGGCCAGUGAGUACAUGUUCGAGGAAGGGAGCUUCCGCAGGCGACCACGUGGCUUCAGAAGAAAAUGUCAAGCUCUCAAGCCUCAGUACCACUCUCAGUACUUUCCAAACACUGUGCCCGUGAGUGUCGGCGUUCAGGGUUCGGGUUAUGAAAACCUCCCCCCUGGUGUCGACUACACCAACAGCUAUCAGAACCAGUAUCAAAACUACCCAGAGUGGUACGGAUCCACCGCACCCAUUCCUUCCGACUGGGGGUACCCAGAGGCUACCUACAAGACGCCGCCGAUCGCCGAGGUCACUUACAAGACAACGGAAGUUACCUACAAAACUGGGGAGACCUCUCACUACAGAAAUGGCGAGCUGACAUUUAAAAAUGAUCCAAGUUUCAGUAGGGUUCAAGAUCACAAUCAACUGUACAGACCAUCUGACAGCUUUCAACCAGUUCUCAAAGAUCACCAUCACUCUCAGCAGCAGCAGCAACAACAACAGCAACAACAUUUGUCACAACCUCUUCAUCAGGAAGUUGGAUUUAAGGUGGAGAACGAGCACGAUGGAUUGAUAACGUCUUAUAAAACUGAUCCUGGCAGUUCGAGUCCCUUGAGUUCUCAAAGUCAGAACAACAGUCAAGAUUAUUAUGCAUCAGGGUAUGCUCUGGCUGCUGGUGCAGGGAAUAUUAAUUUAAACACCACCAUUCAGAGUCUUUCAACUCAACCUAGUUCCACGAGUUCCGUCGGAAAUGUCAACUCUGUCCACAUUGGAUGCCACACGCCUGUCACUGAUCAAGGUCUGAGAAUGCAAUGUACAACUUCGUGUACAAAUAAUUCUGGUGGAGGAAUCGUGGAGAGAAAACCGUCCCAUCUUGGACAUCAUUCUUUGCCUACUUCUUUGGGACAUUUAGGAUUAAGUAAUAUAGGACUGACUAUACCAGGCACUAAUUCCCACUCUUCCACCCCUCCUACUUCCAUGUUUUAUGAUCACGUAAAAUAUGCCAUGUAAAAAGCAGUGCAAACAUAAAAGAGUCUAACACUAAGAAACAUACACCAAAGAAAAAUUAUAUGUAUAAAAUUAAGCCAAAAAGUUUGAUUUUUAAAGAAAUCGGUAUCAAAUUUUAUAUAUAAUUAUAUUCAAUGCGUUACUAUAUUCUAUUUCAUUUCAUCGUUUCAUCAAUAUUUAUAAUGUAAUCCUUUAUUAAUUUAGACUUAUGUACAUAGCAUCUUAGCAUCAUUAUCAUCCUGUGACAAAUAGGUAUUCACACACUAAAUUUCCUUUUAAACUUUAAGUCGUUUACGUGUGUGCAAUAUAAUAAAAUAUUUUAAUGAAGAAAA